CCCUUGCUGAAUGAUCAUGGGGAAGAGCCGGGCUCGCAAGUUUAAGCCUCCUUCAUUCUCUCCCACGGUGGCAGCUAAGAAGCAGCCUGACAGGUCCGGCGAUACCGAGGAUGAUAAGAAUGUGGAUGCCGAGGAGCUCCUGCAGAAUCUCCAAAGUCCUUCUGCAGAAGUAAGGGAGUUUGCAUGUGCCAGCAUCUCUACUCUUGUCCAACAGAAACAAGUUAUCCCUGCCUUUCUGCAGAGAGAUGCAGUCCGAUGCCUUGGUCCAUUGCUACUUGAUAAAUGCUUGUCUGUCCGCGAGACUGCUGCUGGUGCCUUACGGAACCUAAGCACUUGUGGAGGGUAUGAUGUAUGUGAUGACAUGGUAACAAGGGACAUCAUGACUCCAUUGGUGGCUUUGCUAAAAGAGUGCACUACAGGCUUAGAUGCAAAUAUGGAGCCUACAAUAAACACCAAAGACCUGUCAAAGAAAUGUGUGGAAGACAUUGCAAUCCAGGCUAUUAAUGUACUUUGGAAUGUUUGUGAAAGCAGCAGUACAGCGUUAACAAUUUUCAACAAAGAAAACUGCGUUGAAAUUGUUCUUCAGUGUCUGAGCAAGUUCCCAAAUAACAUGGAGUUGGCUAUUUCAGCAGCAUAUUGUUUGCAAACGGUCACAGAAGACAAUCCUGAGCUGCUGGCCUCUUUUGAUGCCAACUCUCUGAAGACCCUGGAGUCUGUGCUGUUAUCUCCAGCUGGCAACAUGGAAAUGAGACACCUUCAGACAUUAGUCGGUGGUGCUGUUUGGAAUCUGAAAGAGAAGAUUCCUUCCUCCAGUCAGGCUGACACCAUAAAUGCUAUUUUAAGGAUUCUCGCUGAAGUCCUGUCCGUGGAUUCAGGUGUUUUCAUAGCAGAGAUGAAAGAGACAGAAACCCAACAUUUAAGUGCAUCUGCAGCAGAGGCCGAAACAGAGGAAGCAGCCGCAAUCCUUGAAGAGGCCACACUGAAUGAGGAAAAUGGGAUGGUAGAUGGUGCAAUUAAAGAAAAGAAACCAAAUGACAUUUCUGACUUCAUUCCACCUGCAAAUGAAGAGGUGAGGCAAGUUUCAGCUUUACUGGUGGCACAAAGAACUGCAUUAGAGAUGAUAGUCAACAUGUGCUGCAGUGAAGACCCUUCAGAUGAUGAAUGGGAAGCAAUGUCAAGCAGUGAUGAGAGUGAGAUGUGCAUUGAGAAUUCUGUGACCAACAUUGGAGGCCAGCUACUAACACCAUUGUGCUUGUCUGAUGAAGUUCAUUCUGCUCUUCUGAACCACACUAUUCCAAAGAAGGUUUUUGAAAAGACUGCUUUUCCCAGUAGCUCCGCUGUCGAGAUCUGCAAACAGGCUUCAGCAUGGAAACCGUUAAUUGCAAAGAUGUACACUGUGCAGCUCCGAGCACUGACCUGCCUGCACAAUAUCCUGUCUAUGCUCGACAUAGAAGACUUGGGAGGGGCCUCUGCAUUACAAGAGCUGGCUCUGCACCUCUCUGGGGUAGUCUUCACUCAAUCAGAUAUUCCAAAAAAGGAUGAUUUUUUGGAAGCAGCAAGUAGUGCUGUACGUGCCUUGCUUCAGACUAUGGCAUCCAAAGGAAUACCACAGUGUAUGACCCCAGAGCAGAUAAUCAGUCUUGGUGAAGCUUGUGCCCAAAGCAGCCAUACAAGUGCAAGGGUGAAUGCUGUCAGUAUUAUAGGCAUCACAGGAAGUGUCCUGGCAAAAGCAGAUAGUACAGUAGACAUACUGAAGUCUAUUGGAAACUUCCUCCUUGGAGUUGCUACCAAUGACUCCUCUCUGGUUGUGUCUGGUGCUGCACUGGAUGCUAUUUUUGAUGUGUACGCCGAUGGUGAAGUAGCCGAGAAGGCAGCUGUAGAGAUCAAAUUGCUGCAAAACUUAAAGAAAAUUCAACCUGCAUUCAAAACAAAGAUACGAAAAGAAGGCAAAGAAAAAUAUAGCAUGGACCAACUGUGCGUCUUGGACAACGUCAGGACAAAUUUGAGGCGCUUCAUACCUUAUUUGGAAAAUGUAGAGAAAAAGUUUAAACCCUGAAAAGUAUGAAAGAUUAAAAAGCCCAUACAUUUUUCAUAGGGAGAGCUAAAGCAGCAAAAAAAAAGACCUCUAUUUGUAUAAAAUAUAUAUAUAUAUUUUUUAUGAACUUAUGUGACAGGUGACUUUUUUCUUUUUUUCAGUUCAUAACAGUGCCCAUCUGAAUCUAGGAUAGUACUCUGAGAACUUCCUGGUUUAUUUUUAUUACCUUUGGAAAGGGAAGCUGCCCUAUCAAACCUCUUGGUUUUAUAUUUGCAUAGUUUCAUAGCUGAAAAGAGAUUUGCGUCCAUCAAGUUAAGUCUCUCACAUUUGUUUUUGCUGUUGAUCCAAAAGAAGGCAAAUAACCCAGUCUGAAGUGCUUCCAAUUUUGCAACAAACUUGGAAAAAAAUCUUUCUUGACUCCAGAAUGGCAGUCCGAUAUCUCCUUGGUUGGUUUGUUGUCCAUUUUGAAUUUGAGAAACGAUAUCAAGACAGCACCGGAACUUAGCAGUGUUUGGAAUCAGGGGUUUUAAACAUAUAGCAUUUAUGUUAAAAUUAUUAAAAGGUACAAAAAUUAAAAAAUGCAGGGAUUAUAAUUGCUGCUUUUACCAACUAUACUCCUAAGUGAAUCAGAAACCACUGAAAUUUGGUGAGGUUCUUAAUGAAGACUGUAUUUGUAAUUUCGGACUAUUUGUAGUUAAGAAUUUUGAAUGUCCUUUGCAAUAUCAAGCUUUUUGGGUUGAUGCAAUAUGAACUUAAGAUUUAUUGAAAAACCUUAUAAGAAUAAAGAUUUUAUUUGGAAAUUUAAAUGUUGUAUAGUGUAUUCAAACUGCUGAAAUAUAGUACAAGAGCUUCCCAUAGUUUUAGAACACUGUAAUCCAACGAAGGUGACUAAUUCUGUGGCGUUAUUCCCUACAAUGAACUGGGAAUUGUACAACGAUCACCUCAGUGCAGCUCAGGUACCAAAAUAUCUGCCUGAGCCCAGUGGGUGUUCCAAUCCUGAGUAGCUGCUGAAAUAACUCUGCUCCCUUCACAGUGAAGACACCACAUUAAACACUACCGUCACUCUAAA